UAAGGCUACAAGCAGGAAGGGAAUGGGGGUGGCUUGUCUCUUAAAGAUACAGAACAUUACAAUAACUGUUUUGGUGGGAGAGGCCUUUUGUUGUAAGUUUAAAGCCAAAUUUUGUUACAAAUUAUAUACAUUUUAAACCAUACCCAAUAAGUAAUUUAUAAAUUCCGAGGCCAAGAUUACAGCAUAAUCUUCAGAUAUUAUUAUUUUCAUGAGAGCAAAGUGCAAAGAAAUUAUAGAGAUAAAUAAUGUUUAGGAGUGAGGAGAUAGAGCCUUGCAGGUAAGGGACUUUGGAAGUGUAGCAGAGCAUGCCUGUUUAAGUAUAAGAUAUUUGGAGACCUUUUGUCUGUGGCCGUAGCAUUUGCUGACCAUUUGUGAGAAUUUGGAAAUCAUGUUUGCCAGUUUGGGCCAUUGAUUUGUACUGAGGCCAAGAUAUUAUCAUAAAAUCUAAGUUCGUGGAGGAAGAGAGAGUGGCUCACAAAGUGGAAGACUGUGCAAAUGUGUUCUUAUAAGUUCCAAGAGGAAGUUGGGAGGGAAAACGAGCUGCAGGAUUGCAGGUGCAAACAGAGAUAGCACAGUGGAUCUGCAGUCUGGCUGCAGAGUGAGAGAAAACCAGGAAGGGGCAGAAGGAAAGGGAGCCCAUGGAUCAGCAGGCCACAAAACCAGAGCCGUGUGGAGAAUACAGUGAGCUGGAGCUUAAGCUGUGCGUCUCCCAGGCUUCUGGCAGAUGGGAGAAAGCAGAGAGAUCUCUACAUAAGUGUAGCUGGCCACAGGAGCCAGACAAGCACACAUGUCCACGUGGAAAGUAAUGCAGUAAGAAUGAGAUUGUAAAACUCACAGACAAGUGAUCCAUACAUAAAAAAAGAAAAAGAAAGUAUAGAUUUUUUUUCUCGGAUUCUUGACCACUUGGUUCAAGGUACAUUGAGCCCAGAUUUGAUUUGAAAGGAGUGGUCACAGGGUCUCCCAAGGACAUGCCAAUGGAAGUAAAGUGGUAUAUGACAGUUCCCAAGGAUGCUGCAGAGAGAAGUCCAAAUCUUGAGAGCCUCAGGCAUCCCCGGUACUCAGGAGGACAGAACACAGUAGGCUCAGGCUGGCAGUACAUUGUCACACAAGAACAGGGCCAAGGGCUGCUAGCCCAAGAGAGACACAGUUACCUGGUAGGACUUCGAGAAAAGUGAGAAGGUGAGGACUGUGCAUAAGAAAUAAUGCCGCACAUCCAGGAGAAUGGACAGAACAGGUAGAUCCACAAGAGACCUAAUUGUCGGUUUUGAAUGGAGGACAAAGCCAUCGUUGAACAAGAAAACAGAUCUGUUGCAGGUGGAAGCGAGCGAGCAGUUCUCUUAUGGGUGGAGUGAACAGAGUCUGUUGACAUUCAGCAAUGUGUCUGUGGACUUUUCCCAGGAGGAGUGGGAAUGUCUAGACUCUUCUCAAAAGGCUCUUUACAUGGAUGUAAUGUGGGAGAAUUACAGCAAUCUAGUUUUUAUAGAGAACCAUUGUGUAUGUGGUAAAUACGAGAAAGCCUUGGAUCAAGGUUCAAAGCAUAUUGUCCAUCAAUAUGUGAAUACCCAAGAGAAUUCUUACAAAUGUUAUAAGCUUGGAAAAAUGAUUCAUAAAUCCUCCCAAGUUGUGCCUAAUAACACAAGUGAUACUACAGAAAACUGCAAGGAGUACAGAAGUGGUAACCAGAGUGAUGCCUCUAAUGAAUCAUCAAACCCUAAGGGAUAUAAAAAUGGGAUCACCGCAGAAGAACAAUAUAAAGAUUAUGGGGAGUGUUUAAAUUUGUGCCCUAUCAUUAGCCAAUAUCAACGAAUCCAGACUGGAAAGAAAGAACACAAAAAUACAGAGUAUGAUGAAGUUUUUAACUCUAAACAUAAACUAAAGGUGAAACAAAUCCAUAGGGGAGAAAAACCAUACCAAUGCAGGAAAUGUGGGAAAUGUUUCAGGACCUAUUUGAGCCUCCGUAGACAUCAGAGACCUCAUCCUGGAGAGAAACACUACAAGUUUACAGAAUGUGGUAAGUCCUUUCUCUAUUUGUCACACCACAAAGUACAUUACAAAAUCCAUUAUGGAGAGAAAUCCUACAAAUGUACAGAAUGUGGUAAGUGCUUUUAUCAUUCAUUGGGACAUCAUACUGGAGAAGAGACUUACAAAUGUAAUGAUUGUAGAAAACCCUUCAUCUGCUACUUAGGUCUUAAAAAACAUCAGAAUAUUCAUGGAGGAGAGAGGACUUAUGAAUGUAAACAAUGUAGUAAGUCCUUCUAUACAUUGUCACACCUUGAAUACCAUUACAGAACCCACAGUGGAAAGAAACUUUACAGAUGUAAUGAAUGUGGUAAAUCCCUUUCCACCUCCUCUGGUCUUCAAAGACAUCAAAGAAUUCAUACAGGAGAGAAAUCUUAUAUAUGUGGUGAAUGUGACAAAUGCUUUAUCCAGAAAUCCCAGCUUAAAACACAUCAAAAAACUCAUACAGGAGAAAAAACUUACAAAUGUAGUGAAUGUGGGAAAUCCUUUACUGUUGGCUCAUCUCUUAGAAUACAUCAAAGAAUUCACACGGGAGAGAAACCUUACAAAUGCAGUGAGUGUCACAAAUGCUUUAUCCAGCAAGCCCACCUUAGAAGACAUCAGAAGACUCAUACAGGGGAGAAACCUUACAAAUGUAGUGAAUGUGAGAAAUCCUUUACCGUGGGCUCAGAUCUUAGAAUGCAUCAGAAAAUUCAUACUGGAGAGAAACCAUACAAAUGCAGUGAGUGUGACAAAUGCUUUAUCCAGAAAGCCAAGCUUAAAAAACAUCAGAGAAUUCAUACAGGAGAGAAGCCUUACAAAUGCGCUGAAUGUGAGAAAUCCUUUACCGUUGGCUCAGAUCUUCGAACACAUCAGAAAAUUCAUACUGGAGAGAAGCCUUACAAAUGCAGUGACUGUGACAAAUGCUUUAUCCGGAAAGCCNACCUUAGAAGACAUCAGAGAAUCCACACAGGAGAGAAGCCUUACAAAUGCAGUGACUGUGACAAAUGCUUCAUCCAGAAAGCCAACCUUAGAACACAUCAGAAAAUCCAUACAGGAGAGAAACCAUACAAAUGUAGUUACUGUGACAAAUGCUUCAUCCAGAAAGACCAUCUUAGAACACAUCAGAGGCUUCAUACAGGGGAGAAACCUUACAAAUGUAGUGAAUGUGACAAGUGUUUUGCUGGUGGCUCAGUUCUUAGAAAACAUCAGAAAAUUCACACUGGAAGAAAUCUUAGCAAUGCAGUGAAUUUGGCCAAUCCCUUAUCCAGGAAGCCCACCUUAGAACUCAUCAAAGAAUUGAUACAGGAGAGAAACCUUAUAAAUGCAAUGUAUAUAACAAACUCUUUACCUGUCUCUCAGGUCUAAGAAAACAUCAAAAAAUACAUAGUAAAGACACAACAUUCUAUACUAAGUAAUAUGGCAUAUGCUUUAUCCAAACUCUGUCCUUAUGGACCACUACAGCAUCCACACUAGGGAAUUAUUAUGUACAUGAGAAAUGUGUGAAAGCCUUUGAGGAUUGUUCGAAUCUUAGGAAACAAAGUCUAGACUUAUUUCAGAAAAAUUCUGCAAAUGUGACUAAUGUAGGAAAUUUUUCAUUAAAAUGUUUUACUUUCUCACUGUCAAAUAAUUCAUAAUGAAUACAAAAUGGAAAAGCCUGAAGAAUGUGCUGUUGUUUGUCAGUUUUCUGGAGACUGUAGAGAAGAUGAUUAAGAUUGUAAAUAAAAACUUAAACUAGUUUCCAGGUGUCCCUGAAACUGUCAGGAAUCACUGUGUUUAAUUCCAUAUACCGGUCUUGCUGUAUAGAAUUAUUGAGCCAGUAAGAUACAAUACAUGUAGAUAUGCCUACAGGUGUGUAGUAUUCUCUGGGUGUCCAGUGUUCAUAAGCUGUAUUUUGUGCUGGUUUGGUAUUUCAUGAUGUCUUCGAUUCGCUUUUGUUCUUGUAAACAACUCCAUUCUUGUAUUUAUGUAAGUAAUACCAUUAAAACCAUUGGUUCAACUAGAUGGAUUUCAGUGCAAGCACACUUGGUUCUGUUGUCAGUUCCCAUUUUGGCUGAGUGGGUGCAUAUGAAUGUUAUAUCUUCCCUGGAAAAGUCUCUCCUACAACAUGUGCUGUAACUCUUAAUUGUUCCUCCAAACUUGUAUACCAGAAAAUAAAUAUUGGAGAGAAAGCAUUUGGGUCAACUAAAGUAGGGCAGUUUGCUUGUCCUCACUGCUCCUGGCUUACUAUUAUGGUAGUACAUAGUCCCACAGAAAGGGGCUGAACACCAACAGAAUGUUGAGGAUUAGGGAGCCCAAGAAAGAAGACAACUCUCCCUUGCAUUCAUGAAGGACAGUGAGUGGUCUGCAAUGGGACAAAUGAAAAUAUUAGUGCAAGCCCGUGUUAUUGAAGGACAUCAUCCAAACUGGGCUAUGCUUAUGCAUGAUCAUUAACUCAAGUAUAGACUCCACAAGUCAGUCAGUCUCCAAUAACCCUCAGUACAUUGCUGUCCAUGGGUAAAUACUGAACACAAUUUUGCUAUCAUCACAUCCUGUUUUACCUUGAAAUUCCACUCUAUGAGCCUCAAUGAAUGAAUCAAAUUCCAUUUGUUAAAUUCUUUAUACAAUGCCAAUAUUGCAGACAUGCCAGAAAAUUCAACAUGAAAUAAAACUCAAGAAAAGUACUUUUAAAAAGACAUAUAUUCAGCUUAAUUCCAUGUGUGAAUUCAUCUAUACAAAUAUCAAGAGACUAUAAAACUUUUUUAAAAAAAUGACCUAUAAGCAAGAAAAGAUGCCUAUGCUCAUAUACUGCUCAGAAAUCCCCAAGGGUGUGCUGGGAGAGCAUUCUGAAGUUCUGAAAAAGAUGGUGAAAUAUUUAGCCCAAUUCUAAAGUACUAUAUCAGAAUAUUGAUACUAAAAACAGCAAGGCUCAAAAAGUUUAGACUUUAGAUAAGGUAACUUGUUACAAUGAGCAAAAACCAUACCAUUGCCUAAGUUUUUCGUGGAUUUUAUUAAAAGCAGAUACUCAUAUUCAACUAAUAGAGAAGUAUUGUUUGAGAACAUUUGGUGUUCUCAGUUUUGGAGUUUGGUAAAUCAUGAACGCAAGUGGUUAGUACACUCUUGAGUUUAUUCAUGCUCUUGUUGGCCAAAGACGAUGUGAUAAUUUGUACUAAUUACUGAUAUUUUAGGGAUGAUUAAUCUGAUGCAGGAUACAGUGAAAAUUUAAUCUUCUGGUCUGGCUUUAGCAAUCUGUAAAAUACAACCAACUCAACAGACACUUGGGAUGCCAAUGUUGGGUGUUCCCUAUAUCAAGAUGCCUCUGCUUGAUGACAUUAUUUUCCUAUGUAAUUCAGCAAAGAUUUCCAGGGGUCAAUUCAUAAAUGUGUACAAUGAAGAUAGCUGACCUUGUACCCCUCAUACAAUAUUGUUUUCUUUGUUCUGUACUCAUUAAUACAAAGUUCUGGUGUAAGGUAGGAGCAACACCUGGGAAGCUGGGUAGAACAGGUCUGACAGCUACAGAGCUGUGGAGAAGGUAGAGUGCACAGAGUGGGACAAAUUAGGUAUCAGUGGAGCUGGGACAAUCACCUGAUCUGAGGAGUGAUAGGGAAAGGAAGCAUAGAUUUUGUGGGUUUGGAAAUUUCAGAAGCAAUUUCAUUUGUGCAAGUGGAUGGUGAAAUCUAGAUUAUAGGAGCCAUGUUACCUGAACCAGGGCAUGAUGUUCCAGAAAACCCUGCACUCCCAGAGGGACCUCUAAUAACACAGGUGUCAUCUCCAUAUCUUGUAGGGACAGGAAAGCUCCCCUCAGCUGAAGGACACCUUGUGUGGCUUCUGAAAGAGUUACAGUCAGGAGUGCAGUGGAGGAACCUGAAGCCCAGUGGAGCUGAAGGACUGGGAAUCAGGCAUGGGGAACCUAACCAGGGGUUUAACUAGUUUUUCUGCUGCUGUGCAGACUGUCAAAUUCUGUUGUGGAUGUCCGCCCUUGUUUGUAAAGUUUAGACCAUAUGAAUUGAAGUUAUUGGGACUCUUUUCAUGUAUAUUGUGGUUGCCAGUAUAGUCACAGAAGAAUAAUCUGUAAUCAGGGUUCUCAUGCUAUUGUGGCAAUUACAGAGCUCCUGGAAUUUAAAUUCACCCAUAAUUUCUAACUUUGCCAUUCUAUUACUUACCUAUUCAAGAGAGUGAAAUUUGUUCCUGUGACUAGUAUCCCAAUGGCUGCUUAGAAAUUAGUCCCAUGAUGCUGGGUGGUUAUGCAUACCUUUAAUCACAAGCAUUUGGGAAACAGAUGCAGGCGUAUCUGAG